CAAAACUUGAACCUAUACGCACUAUAUAUUUGCCUAUUACUCGAGCUCUUUCCUGUUUUCUCUUUCCCUAAAAGCAAUUUCCUGCUUUCAACCACUAUUUUUUAGUUGUGUUUUAACAGCAACUGUAGAGAGGAUUUUGAUACAGAAAGAUGGGUGCUUACCUUCCUCCAUCUCCAACAUUUAUUGUUGCUUUCCUCUUUGCCAUUGCCUCUCUUUCGGCCUUUCCUGAGGUUGCUUUUGCUACAUCAAAGCAUGCAAGCGUUACAAGGCACUACAAGUUUGAUAUAAAGUUGAAAAAUGUUACUCGAUUGUGCCACACAAAGGCCAUUGUGACAGUUAAUGGGAAGUUUCCUGGGCCUCGAAUUGUUGCUAGAGAGGGUGACAGAGUCAUAGUUAAGGUGGUCAAUCAUGUUUCAAACAACAUCACCAUCCAUUGGCAUGGAAUCCGACAACUACAAAGUGGAUGGGCUGAUGGGCCAUCAUAUAUCACUCAAUGUCCUAUUCAAACUGGCCAGAGUUAUGUGUACAACUUCACCAUUGUUGGCCAACGAGGAACUCUUUUUUGGCAUGCACACAUCACAUGGCUAAGAGCUACAGUCUAUGGACCCCUUAUCAUCCUCCCCAAGCACAAUGCAUCCUACCCAUUUGCUAAACCACACAAAGAAGUUCCCAUCAUUUUUGGAGAGUGGUGGAAUGCUGAUCCAGAGGCAGUUCUUCAGCAAUCUCUUCAAACUGGAGCUGGCCCAAAUGUCUCCGAUGCUUAUACAUUUAAUGGACUUCCGGGACCAUUGUACAAUUGUUCUCAGAAAGAUACGUUCAGGCUAAAGGUCAAGCCGGGGAAGACAUAUCUCCUCCGAUUGAUCAAUGCUGCACUCAAUGACGAGCUAUUUUUCACCAUUGCAAACCACACCUUCACCAUUGUUGAAACAGAUGCAAUUUACAUUAAGCCUAUCAAGACCAAUAUAUUGCUCCUCACACCAGGACAAACCACUAAUAUUCUUCUGAAGACCAAUCCACAAUCACCCAAUACCACAUUCUUCAUAUUAGCUAAACCAUAUUUCACUGGCAUGGGCACCUUUGACAACACCACAGUGGCAGGCAUUCUUGAGUAUGAGAACCCAUCAAAUUCCUCUUCCACAAACUCGAACAACCUUCCAACUUUCAAACCUUUUCUCCCUCCCCUCAAUGCCUCUAUCACCACUUCCUUUGUCAUGAAUUUCACUAGGAAAUUCAGAAGCUUGGCCAAUGCUCAAUUCCCUGCCAAUGUGCCACAAACUGUCCAAAAGAAAUUUUUCUUCACUAUAGGCCUAGGAACCAGCCGAUGCCCAAAAAACCAAACCUGCCAAGGACCUACUAAUAGCUCAAAAUUUGCAGCUUCAAUAAACAAUUUCUCCUUUGCUCUACCCACAACAGCACUCCUACAAGCACAUUUUUUUGGGAAAUCAAAUGGGGUUUACACCACUGAUUUUCCAAGCUUCCCUUUGCUCCAAUUUAACUAUACAGGCACCCCACCAAACAAUACCCUUGCGAGCAAUGGGACCAAAGCAGUAGUGUUACCAUUUAAUACAAGUGUGGAAGUAGUUUUGCAAGACACUAGCAUUUUGGGUGCAGAGAGCCAUCCACUCCAUCUUCAUGGCUUCAAUUUCUUUGUUAUUGGUCAAGGUUUUGGAAACUAUGACUCUAACAAGGACCCAGCCAAAUAUAACCUUGUUGACCCAGUUGAAAGGAACACUGUUGGUGUGCCAGCUGGUGGUUGGGUUGCAAUUAGAUUCUUGGCUGACAAUCCGGGUGUUUGGUUAAUGCAUUGCCACUUCGAUGUCCAUCUGAGCUGGGGUUUAAGGAUGGCAUGGGUUGUCCAGGAUGGGAAGCUCCCUAAUCAGAAGCUGCCUCCUCCACCAUCAGAUCUUCCGAAGUGUUGAUUGUCCCCUUUUUGUGUGAUAAAUGUUGUCAUUACAUUUUUUUUUUUUCCUUCAUUCUGUAACUUAUUUUGGUCGUGUUUCGCAAUAUUUUGUCUCUCAAAGAGUGGCCAAACACCCAUUGGCAAUAAAUCAUCGUGUUCUAUUGUAGUCCUCCACAGAAAAUGGCAAAAAAAAAAAAAGAAGAAAAAAGUAGGAGGAGGUUUUGUACCACCCAGGAUUUCAAAAGCUUCUGUUGGAGCCUAAAUAAUAGUAAUAUUCUUUUUUGAAA